AUGUCUCGCGGGCCCACUCCCUACGACUACGCACAUCUGCUCGCGAACCGCGAGGCGCUCGACUAUGAUUCGCCUCCGCGCAUGUCACAGGACACCUGCGAAUGUAGCAUAUGCGCAAAUCGGAGCACCACGUACUCGGUCUCUGAUGAAUACGAGACCGACUCUGGCGGACCAAACAGCGUCAUGACGGACGACGACAUGACGGGCGAUUACACGACGGGUGGCUACACGACGGGCGACUACACGAUGGGCGAUUAUACGAUCGACGAUGACUCGAACGACGACGACGCAACAGACGACGACGCGACGACACUGUAUAGUUCGACCGCGACGGUCAGGCCACGCGAGCACUCCCUCCCCCCUGUGUUCCCGCACCCAUCCCUGCCCCGCCGCGAGGAGACGCGCCUUCCGCCGUUCUACGUCGGGGACCCGUUCAUUCCGCGCCCAGUCCCUCGCCCCAUUGAAGGCCAUGAGGAGCACGAGGAUCUCUACGCGCGGGCCCAGACGCCCCAGGCCUCGGAAGCCGCGCAGGACGAGCAUGCGGCCCACCCCACCACCGUGGUCACAGAGGAGGACCUUGAGGACGCUUUGACGCGCUUUUGGGACGAUCCCGCCAACGCUGACUUCAAGAACUUCUUUGCUGGGGCUGCGUAUACCGGCGAGACGGCGUCUCCCUCUGGGACAAUGCGGGGGCAGGGGAUGUGGAUCCAAGACUCGGAUGACAAGGCUUGGUACUACUGGUCCCAGGAUGAGGACGGCUUGCAGUUCCCGGAGUCGUUCGCGCGCGGGGAGCCGUUGCCCUGGCCCCAGUGGCUCAUUUCACCGGACGAGAUGGCCGGACGGCUGGCCAUGAGCGAUGAAGAUCUUGAGCGCAUCGGGUCUUUGUUGGAGUGCUUUGAGGAACACGGCGGUUUUGGGUAUAUCUGA